GCCAGACUGUUCGGUGACAUCACUUUUGUACGUACGUGUACACGACAGACGAAAAAAACAUACAACGGUCGCCUUUGAAGACUUCAUAGCCAUGGAAGCCACCGAGAUGAGACCGAAUCUUUUCUCCCAGAUCGACUUGAGUAACAAACUUAUCAUCAAAGCUCAACUUGGAGAUGACAUCCGACGUAUCCCCAUCCAUAAUGAAGACAUUACUUACGAUGAGCUUGUCCUGAUGAUGCAGAGAGUGUUCCGAGGGAAACUCAAGAAUACAGAUGAGGUCACCAUUAAAUACAAGGAUGAAGACGGAGAUUUGAUAACCAUUUUCGAUAGUACAGACGUCUCAUUUGCCAUUCAGUGUAGCCGGAUAUUAAAACUUACGUUAUUUGUCAAUGGUCAACCUCGACCCCUGGAGAGUGACCAGGUCAAACACCUACGGAAGCAGCUAGCGGACAUCCGCAAUCAGGUCAUCUACCUUAUGGACUCGCUGGAACCCCCGGCGGCAGAACCUCAACAAGUCGAAGGUAACCGCAAAAGUGACCCCCGAAAACAGGAAGUAGUUGUUGCCCAAUCACCAAGUUCCAAGAGAGUGCCCCCAGCAGAGAGUUCGUCAGCCCCUGCUCUGCCCGUCGACACAGCCAAGACAGCCAUGUUUGAUCCCUACAAGAAACCUGAGGCCACAAACUCAUCAGGAGUGAUGCAGAGUUUCGGGCUAGAAAGGGAAGAAGAAAGGCCCAGUUCUCCUGCUGAUAGCUUAUCCAGCCUGGGCUCAGCACAGGGACAACAACAACAGCAGCUGACACCACGGCAUCAACAGUAUGGUGCACCGGGGCAGCCACAACCCCAGGGGCAGCCACAACCCCAGGGGCAACCACCACAAGGGCAACCACCACAGGGGCAGCCACCACAGGGAUCAGCUCAACAACCAGGUCAGAAAUCUCAACAAUACCCCAGUGCCCCGCAACAAGGUCAACCAGGCUAUGCUCCGCAGGCUGGGUAUCAAAUGCCACAGCCCCAGCAGCAACAGCCUCAGCAGCCAAUUCCAACACCAGGUACCCAGGGGUCUGGGUACGGUCAGACGCCAUCAGCACCUUACAGUGGACACCAACCACAGGGUUACCCCCAACAACAACCUCAACAAUACUCCGGUCAGCAACAACCACAGCAGCCCCAGCCGCAGCAACAACCACAGCAGCCACAACCGCAGCCACAGCCACAACAACCGCAGCAGGCUGGCUAUACACCACAACAGCAACAACAACAAUCCUACCCCCAGCAGGGUUACCCUCCCCCAAGCUCCGCGCCUGGUGGUCAACCUGGGAACCCCUAUGCUAGGAAUAUACAAUAUGGCCGGCCAGUCGGGUAUCCCCAGCAAGGCUAUAAAUGAUUUUCAAAACUAUUAUCAUUCGUAGGAAUUUGUUACAUUUAUCUCUGAACGAAUUUUAGGACUUCCCCAACCCCCUCCCUUUAGACUGGACUGCCUUUCAAACUCUUGUUUUGCACUUUAUUACCGAUGAAAUUUCUACAGGCUUAUUUUUUAAUGUUUUGUUGAAGAAACUAUAAACUUGCGGGUAACCAUGCGUAAAUCUCUUUAGCGGGAGUGUUGGCUUAAAAAAGAGUCGAUGUGGUCUUGACGUUUCGAGCGAACAGUAUACUCUGCUGCUCGUCUUAAGGAGAUGUUUUGUGUUGAGGAGCGAACAAGUUAAAGGUGAAGUGAACCUUAUUUCCUUUUAUUUGGGGGGGGGGGCCUGGGGUCUGGAAAAAAAAUGAUCAAAAUUGUUGUUAAAAAACCUGUAAAGUAUAAGCCAUGAUGCACAAGUAGAUCAGCCCCUGUACUCAAUAAAUGGUCAUACAUUUUUUUUGAAAGCCAAGUAUCAUGCCUGGUUAGGAUCGAAAAGAAUUAACCUUAAGCUGCGUUCGCGUUGGACUUUUGGGUCUGGUAACUUACUGGCCCGGCAACAUUCAACUUGGAUUAAUUUGUGUUUUGUAACUAGGGGCCUUUCUCAAACCCCGGAUUGGGCCCAGGCUAAGGCUCUGCGCGCUGCGUACGCAGUGGAAGCGCAGCGGUGCUUUAAACCUGAAUUUAUGAAGCAGCGCGUAUUGCACGCGGUGGUUUGAACCCCAGCAGACCUUAUAGAUAGAAGUCACGUGACAUUAUUGUUAAGUUACCGGAAUGGUGCGUUUGCAUUGGACUUCUUGUCAAGUUACUGCGGCUCAAUCGGCCUGUUAAGUUCACUGUGCUAGGGCGGUAACUUACCAUCUUCAUUUUCUUAGGAAUUUGAUCAAAGUUAAAAAAUAUAGUAUACAUGUAUAAACAAAAUUAUUUUCCUUUUUAAAUUAAUUUAAAUC